CAACAGAAAAUGGCUUCCAAUGUGAAAGCGAAAAUUGUUACUCACAGUUUUAAUGAGUUUUAGUCCCAAUUCUUGAAACAAUGACUUGAAAGCUGAACGUACUAGCUUGACUUGGCCCAAACUAAGAGAAAUAUUAUGGGGUCUCAUGUGAUAGACAUCCUGCGCCAAGGAAUCUGGGCAUCACUCACAGGAGGCUGGUUCUACGACCCUCAUCAAAGCAUCUUUUCCAAUACUUUUCAUUUGUAUCUAUGGAUGUCAUUACUUGUAUUCCCACUAAUUCUUCAUCUUACAUUGGAACCAUCCCUGGUAGUUUGGACAAUAUAUUGCUGUGUAAUAGGAGCUAUAUUCACCAUCAUCAAGAUAUUCAACUUUAGAAUACAUCAUAUGUUCGAUACUAGUGAAGUUAUAGAAGACAAAUCAGACAAAAAUGAAGAGGAAAAUAAAGAAAACAAACCAGCAGUUAUUGGAUCUAGCAGUAAUUCAGUACCAGUACAGAUGUCCAUAGAAGGGGAGGCAAUAGAAAUGGCAACAAUACGACGACUGGAUGAUAUAAAUAUUACUACAUCUGAUCCUAGUAAUUCAAGUGAAGAGAAAAAUAGUCAAGUGGAAGUUAAUCUAAUCAACAAACAAGGUAAAGGUAGUCAGGCUCCCUUGGCUGAGCAUGAAACUGACAGUAUAGAUCAACAACAAGAUGAUUCAUUAAAACAAAUUCAUGACUUUGGAACAAUCAGUUCAAAAGAGGAUAGUUCUGACAAAGAUUUAGCAGGAGGUAGUCAGAUUACCACAACAGCUCAUGUAGAAAUAAAUCAUCACAUUUCUGAUGGAGAAUUAGAGGAAGGAGAAAUCAAAGCUGUCAAUCAUAAACAUGAAGAUUCUGAUUCCGAUAUGUCUCCUCAUGGUAAACAUCGAAUUAAAAAGAGACGCAAAGCUGUAAGACGAGCUCAGAGUGAUGUUGAAAGAGGUGAAUACUAUCGUGAAAGACCAAGACAAAACAGAUCUAACAUGUCACUUCCCCAAGGUACAAAAUUAUCGGAAGUUAAAAUUGAUAUUAAUGAUGAAAUUGCGAGUGGUAAUAUGUUUAGACCUAGAAGUGAGUGUAUCAUACGACAAAGAAAACAUAGUAGACCAAAUUGUGAGAUGAUGAUUGUUGAAUUAGAGUCAAGUCCAAAACAUGCAAGGAGAGAUGAUAUUUCAGAAAAAAUGGAUGCUGAUGAUGAAGCUGAUAAACCAAAGUAUAGAAGAAGUAUGUCCCAAGAUGGUGCAUUCAUGCCUUUUAAACCAAAAGCUUUUUCAGCAGGCUGUGGUUUAGACUUAAAAUCACAUUCAAGUAAAAAAGAAGCAAAAGACAGUAGUAGAACUAAAGACUGUGAAGAGGAAAAAGGAAGCAAAAUGUCUAAAGACAAACAAUCAACAUCUAAAAAUAGUUCAUGUGAUGUACCAAAGAAAGAGAAAACAUAUAAAAAGAAAUCAAGACCUAAUAGUGCAGGCGAUAUCCAUAAAAUUUAUGCAGAUAAACACCAGUCGGGAAAAAGUAGUAAACCUAAAGACCUACCUUUAUCUCAUAAACAAUCACAAAAGGUGAAGGACAUUGAUGGUGCUUCUCAGAAAAGUAGUACUGUGGGACUUGAUUGGUUGUUUAGUACUGACAGUGAUUCUGUUUCAUCUGGUGAAGUUGAACUAGAUUCACACAGAGAUCACUUUAUGUCUGAUACCUCAAGUACAAUGACUAAUGAAGGAGACAGUACAAUUGAUACUAGUCCGCAAUUUCCUAUCAAGUAUGAAGUCCUAAAGGAGACAGACACACCUACUCCAAGUACACCUAGUGCUGAUGAACUUGAGACAAUGAGGCAAGGUGCCAUGCAUAAGCGGCCUGAUACACCUACUCCAAGUUCACCUAGUGCAGACGAACUUGAAAUGAUGAGACAACAAGGUGCGAUACCAAAGCGGCCGUCAGCUAGGCCACUCCCUCCUAUACCCAAACCUACACCUACAGAUGAGAGCGCUGCAGGAAGUCCAUCUUCUGGAGAGUUACCAGAUCCUGAAGACUUCAGACGGAAGAUUAUGGAGAUACUCAGUGAUACGUCUGAUAAUCCAGAACAAAUGAAGAAACUUUUUAAAGUUGUUAUUGAAGCCAAAGGGAGAUCAGGAAGUAGAGAUGGCAGUAGUCCUCGACGAGACAGAACUGCUAGUAAGAAUGGAAAAGUUACUUAUUAUGUUCUGAUAGGUAAAAGUAAAUCUGACUGUGCAGAAGAUCCAACAGGAGAAAGUACACCAAGGUUAGGAGAACAUGAUAGAGGUUCAUCAGAUUCUAAAUCAGGGUCACCUACAGAAAGUUCUGCUCUUUUACCCUCUGUUAGUAUAGCUUCGGCAGCUUCAUCUCAGAUUAAAAGGCAUGGCAGUAAAAAAAGAGAACGAGGAGUAGGAAAGUCAAGAAGACGUGUAAGACGAAGUGGUUCACCACCUGGUAGUGUGAGGGACAGCGUGAGAAACACUGGGAAGUUCCAUACUGCUGCAUCUCAUGAUGAUACAACUGAAGGAGCUCUUCAUUGGUUCCAAGAUGAAAAUGGAAAAUGGUAUUCCUAUAGCUUUGGAGAAAACAGUUCAGGAUUAGCUUUUACAGCCAAUGAAACUCCUGUAGAUAAUAGUUUUUGGUCAGACAGUUGGAGUAAUUCAUCUAGUGGAUCUGGCUCAACUGUGAUGAUUGAUUCAAAGACAGAAGAUAAAAAAGAUGAACCAGUCUUACAUGAACUUGAUCUUCCAGGAACAGUCACUCGUCAAACUAUUGAGGAACUUUUAAUGACAAGAAGAAGAAUGGCUGGUACAGCAUGUGAUAGUUCUGCAGAUUCUGAUUCAUCAGGAAAAGCAAGCAUAAAAGAGGCAAAAAGAAACCAUUUCUACAAAUUCCAAUAUCUUCCAAAGAAAUUUUUAAAGAUUAGAUUUGAUCGAUUAGCUUUAUUAGCAUUGUUAGACAGAAAUUUAACAACAAUAGAAAAUAGUAUAGCUGUGAUAAUAGCAGUGACCGUAGGUGCUGUUGGGGCACUGGUGCUGUCUGCCAAUUUUUAUUAUGAUUUCUGGGUCUUCAUGUUUUGUUUUGUUAUUGCUGGUUGUCAGUAUUCUGUUAUGAAGAGUGUACAACCAGAUGCUGCUUCUCCUACACAUGGGUAUAACAGAUUAGUUGUAUUCAGCCGUCCAUUUUAUUUUUGUGUAUGUUGUGGCCUUAUGUUGCUGCUGGACUAUGCACAUAGCUUUGCCUCACCUAACCCUGUAGAUGUUUAUGGUAUGCCAUUUGGAAUUGUAUCAUCUCUGAGAUUUACCAGAGAUCUCCUUAAAGUAUUAGUUUUGUUUUUCCCUGUGAUUUUUACAGUAGGACUUCUGCCUCAAGUCAAUACAUUUAUUAUGUAUCUAUUUGAGCAACUUGAUAUGCAUCUGUUUGGAGGUAAUGCUACAGUCAGCCUAGGAUCAUCAAUAUAUGUGUUUUGUAGAAGUAUAAUUGCAACAGCUUUUCUCUAUCCUUUCUGUUAUUUAGCUGCACAGGUAGGAACAUGUCCUCAGAGUAAAUGUGAACAAGAAUGUGCCCAGAAUGCAGUAUUUUCUAUUUUAUGUGCAAUGAUUGUUGCUGUCUCAUACCAUCUCAGUAGAGGUGCCAGUGAUCCAAGUGUCUUGUGGAUGCUUGUAAAAGAUUUGAUAUGUAGUAAUAAGAAACAGGAUGAAGUUGAUGAGAAAGAUCUGGAAGAUCCUUUACCAGAGAAACUUAAACAGUGUGUUAGUGAGAGACUACAGUCAGAUUUGUUAAUUAGUUUAAUAAUUCUAGUCAUAGUAUUUGCAGUUCAUUUGAGUACAGCAUUCAGCAGUCUUCAGCCUGUUGUCAGUGAUAUUAUUUACUACAUGGCUGGUGGGCUUGGCUUUAUUAUCCAUUACAUUAUUCCACAACUACGUAAAGAAAUGCCAUGGCUAUGUUGUUCUCACCCAGUACUAAAUAGUAGGGAGAGAAAUUUCUUCGAAGUAACUGCAUUGCCAAUGAUAAUGUGGUUUGAGAAGAUGUAUGUUUGGAUGAGAUUUUUUGAAAGAAAUGUGAUGUACCCUGUUGUCUUUCUUUGUGCCUUAACAAGUUCCACGCCCAUCAUUAUGUGUAAAUUUGGAAAAUAUGUUGGACCAUUUUUAAUAAUAAUGUGUUCCCUGAAGUUGUUGAGAUUUGCCUUCUCACAGACAUCAAAGCAGUAUCUAAUCAUGACAUUUACUGUGUUCUUCUUCAAAUAUGACUACAGAGAUGCCUCAGAGACAUUCCUCAUAGAUUAUUUUUUUAUAUCUAUUGUAUUUGUUAAAUUCUGUGAUUUAUUAUUAAAAAUGAAGUUCAUUCUGACGUAUAUAGCUCCAUGGCAGAUCACAUGGGGAUCUGCCUUCCAUGCGUUUGCUCAACCAUUCAGUGUUCCACAUUCAGCCAUGUUAUUUUUACAAGCAGGUGUAUCUGCUUUCUUUUCUACACCAUUGAAUCCAUUCCUUGGUAGUGCUAUAUUUAUUACAUCAUAUGCUCGUCCAGUGAAAUUCUGGGAGAAAGAUUACAAUACAAAGAGAGUGGACCAUUCAAAUACUAGACUGUCAUCACAACUGGAAAGAAAUCCAGGUGCAGAUGACAAUAAUUUAAAUUCCAUAUUUUAUGAACAUUUAACAAGAUCACUACAGCACAGCUUGUGUGGAGAUUUAAUGAUGGGACGAUGGGGUAAUACAGAGCAGGGAGACUGUUUUAUAAUGGCUUCAGACUACCUCAAUGCACUUGUACAUGUAAUUGAAAUGGGAAAUGGACUUGUAACAUUCCAACUCAGAGGGUUAGAAUUUAGAGGAACAUACUGUCAACAAAGAGAAGUAGAAGCAAUUACAGAAGGUGUUGAAGAUAACGAAGGAUUUUGUUGUUGUGAACCUGGCCAUCUACCUCAUUUUCUCUCACUGAAUGCAGCCUUUAAUCAGCGAGGAUUAGCUUGGGAAGUUGUUGUGACUAAAUAUGUCCUAGAUGGAUAUAGUAUAUCAGAUAACAAUGCAGCGUCUAUGGUUCAGAGUUAUGAAACCAGAAAAAUUCUCAUUUCUUUUUACAUUAAGAGUAUUAUUUACUACACUGUGCGAUCACCACGAUUACAGGACUGGUUAGAAGGGGAGACUAUUCUGGAAGCUCUCCAGGCUACAACAGGAGAUAACUAUGUUGAUGUGGAUCCUAUUUUCUCACAUCAUAUUGAUGAAGAUUAUGAUUCCAAAUUAAAAGGUGUAUCCAGAAACAAGUUUUGUUCUGUUUACCUUAAAUGGAUCAAAAAUUGCUACGAAAGACGAGACAAGGAACAAAUAAUAAUAAAAACAUCACCUGUUGUGUCCCUGUGUUACUGUCUUAGUCUUCUUGGGAGACGAGCCCUAGGAACAGCAGCACAUAAUACCAUUUCUGCAAGUGCUGAUUUAUUCCUAUUUGGCCUGCAUGCCUUGUUUAAAGGAGACUUCAGAAUAACUUCUCCACAUGAUGAAUGGGUGUUUGCUGAUAUGGAACUUUUGAGGAGAGUUGUAGCCCCAGCAAUCAGAAUGGCUCUUAAACUUCACCAGGAUUGUUUUAUGUACACAGAUGAAUAUGAGGAUGAAUCCUUCCUAUAUACUGCCAUAAGUAACUACGAGAGUAAUCUAGUCAUAUCACAUGAAGCUGAUCCUCAGUGGAGAAAUGCUGUCUUAUCUAAUACACCAUCACUGUUAGCUCUGAGACAUGUGUUUGAUGAAGGUACCGAUGAGUACAAAGUUAUUAUGCUCAACAAAAAGUUCCUCACCUUUAGAGUUGUCAAGGUAAAUAGAGAAUGUGUGAGAGGAUUGUGGGCAGGACAACAACAAGAAUUGAUCUUUUUACGGAACAGGAAUCCAGAAAGAGGCAGUAUACAAAAUGCCAAGCAAGCAUUGAGGAACAUGAUCAACUCUUCAUGUGAUCAACCCAUAGGUUAUCCUAUAUAUGUAUCGCCAUUGACAACAUCAUAUUCUUCUACACAUAAUCAGCUUGCCAGCAUCAUUGGUGGAGAAUUUAUACUUGCAAAUGUUAAAAGCUUCUUCCAAAAUGUAUGGAAAAGGAUGCGACGACGAUGUGGUGCCACCUGUGCAGGAAGUAGUUCUGGUUUCCAGGAAGAAAUGGCAUACUCAAUAGGUUGUUCUCAUGUUGGAGCAGCCACUGCUUUAGGCUCUGCAGGUAGUAAUACAAGAGCCACAACUAUCGGUACACCAACUAAUCAACAAGACAUAGCUCUACAAACAUUAGGGAAUAGAGGGAGUUUGAUAUCCACAACAAGUUCCCUUGGUAAACCUAGUGCCUUGGCAGCAUUUGCUGGAGUGUUGACAGAAAUCAACUCAAAAGAAACCUUUAAUCAAAAAGUCAGGAUAAUGGAUCCAUCUUUAGUUUUCCUGAACAUUAAUCUUGGUCGACGUAUUGAUGUCCAAUGGCCCAAUGAAGAAUGGAGACUGAAUGGAGGUAGUAAUGCAUGGCAGGGCUGGCUUCCUGCUAAAGGCAUGGUGGGAAUAGUUGUACACAAAUGGAUUCCCUGUCAUCGAGAAACCAUCAAAAGAUCUCAUGUUGACAAAGUCAUACUUUUAGUGCAAAUAGGUGACAAAUAUGUUCCAAUUGCAGAUUCAGGGGUAAUGGACCUUGGUGCUGAAGUUUGAUGAUCCAGUGUCUUCACAUUUAUUAUCAGUCUUAGAUGAAAUGUUUCCCUGAUGAGUAUGUGAGUGGACAGUAAUGAGAAUAUUCAUCAUGUACGGAUGAACUUGUGUCCAUGGUAACCACUGGUUAAGUAGAACCUACAUUAU